AUGGAGCUUCAUGAUGAAUCUCAGCUAAAUCUGAACCUGUCUCAAUCCCAAAAUGCAGCCUUAUUAAAAGACUUACUUAAGCUUCUAGAUGGGCACUUCUUGCCUGAUUUAAAGAAGUUCUGGGUUCAUUUAUAUAGCAAGAACAAUAAGCUGCAAACUCAGUUGAUCCAUAACCAUUUCCCUAAGCAUGUAGGAGCUUUGUCCUUGAUCAAUAAGGGCACCAAUGGAAAGGUCAUGAACAUCGAGCCUUUCAAAACUAGUUUUCACAAAAUAAGUCCUUGAGUGCUCAAGGCUCUCAAUCUAGGCUACUUCAAGAUCCCAGCCAGCAUUCUCUCAGCCAUUUUCGAUUACUUUGCACACAUAGAGAUUCUUGGUUUCCAAGAUUGUGCAAUUGAUGCUUCAGGAGUUUGUAUUAACAAGCAUACUGAGUUUGAGAUCUCCGAGCUUGGAUUCAUUGAUUGUGGGGGUAAAUAACGGUAACGACUGGGCUACAGAGCCUGAAGAUCUGUGGAAGAUGGUGCAGGAGAUUGGGAAGUCGCCGAUGGUGGAAGCAUUGGAGAAGCUUGUGGUUUGGAAGAAGGGGGAUUUAGAAGAGGGAGAUGAGCUUUUGGCUAAGAAUAUUAGAAAGAUGCUUGACUCAAACCAACUGGAUGAUGUUGAGCUCGAUGUAAAAUACUGAAUUAAUAGCUAAAUAUCCUUGCCAACUCUUCAUGAUUCCAAUGAAAUUACUACUCUAAAUAUUUCCUAUUCAAAGUAGAAGCAAUUUCUUACUAACCCAAACUUUCUGGUCCAAUUUGUUUAUUGACCUCAAAAUUUUCCUAACCCUGCUGCUUAUUAAAAAUUAUAAUUGUUUUCAAAUUUCACAAAUUUGUCCUAAAUUUACUCUAAAAUUCAAAGCGUCACUUAAAAUCUCUAUUUUGCGUCCAAAUGUCCAAAAUUCAGGUACGAAUAUCGUCCGAAUUCAGUAAUAAUCCCAAUUAAAAUUUCAAUCGAAGCAAAUGCCCCUGG